AUGAAUUUGUCUGCAAAGGAAAAACGUGCUUUAGCAACUGCGCGCGAAUUAAUAAAGAAACUUGACAAUAAAAUUUUUCAUGUUUUUGAAGAUGGAGGAAGUCCUUAUGGUAUUAUUGGAAGUAAAAAAUUUAAGUAUGAAGAUGAUUUACCUGAACAAAUAACCGACGAAUUUGACAUGGAGUUUAAAUGCCAAGAAGAAUUUGCUGACUUCCUUUUGACACAAAUAGAAACCAAAGAAAGGAAAUUCAGUUUAGGGCAAUAUAAAAAAAUCUGA